CUUUUUCGUUUUCUGAUUUCUCAGAAAAUAAGCAGUGUAUGAUUAGGGUUGUUUGCUGUUUAUAUUCUUGUCUUUUUUGCGUCGCAUUUGGACUGGCCACUAAAAUCAAUUGGAAUUGUAGAGAAUCAUAGCCGGUAUAUUUUGGGCGGAAGGGUUCACGAGACAUCGAAUUUCCUUUGCAGAAGCUAACGAUGUCUUAGUCACAACAAGAAAAGUUCUUUUAGAAUGCUCCACAACGUGGGAAAUUUGAAGCUUGGCGGCAUGAAGAGCUGUUCUGCCAUAUUUGGAAAUUAUGUCCAAAUCUGGAGAAUACAUAUUUUCUUCAUUUUGACGUCACACGUUCACCUUGAACGGCAUCCAUGUUGGAUUUCCUUCGGUAACACCUAUGUGAGGUUGCAAUCUAGGGCCAUCCUGGCCUUAUAAUUCAAUUUAGCGUUUUCAUAGUGAAAAAUAUACUUCUAGGAUAUCUAUGUAUUGUUGUUUGGAUAUAUUUUGCCAUUAAAUGCGAUGGCAAAAGAUGGAGGAGAAGUGCAAUGGUGCUUUUCACAGGUAAAAGGGACACUAGAUGAGGACCUCACUGAAGCUGAUAUAGUCUCUACUGUCGAAUUUAACCAUGAUGGCGAGCUUCUUGCAACCGGCGACAAGGGAGGACGGAUUGUGAUCUUUCAGAAAGAAGAGGCGCCGAAAGGAUCUCAACAUUAUGGCGAGUACAACGUUUACAGCACUUUUCAAAGUCACGAACCGGAGUUCGAUUAUUUAAAGAGUUUGGAGAUCGAAGAGAAGAUAAAUAAGAUCAAAUGGUUAAAGCGACGAAAUGCAUCGCACUUUUUGCUUUCUACCAAUGAUAAAACUGUGAAAUUAUGGAAAAUUUCUGAAAGGUGCUAUGCUCCAUCGAACUUCAACCUUCGCGAUGACCAAGGGGUACCAAGAAAUCCUGAAGAUGUAACAACAUUACGUGUUCCUGUGUUUAAACCCUCUGAACUAGUUGUAGAGGCUAGCCCUAGAAGAGUGUAUGCAAAUGCACACACAUACCAUAUCAAUUCUAUAUCCUUAAAUAGUGAUGACGAAACAUACUUGUCAGCAGAUGAUUUGAGGAUAAACUUGUGGCAUCUUGGGAUCAAUGAUCAGAGUUACAAUAUUGUUGAUAUAAAACCAGCCAAUAUGGAGGAACUAACAGAAGUGAUCACUGCUGCUGAGUUCCACCCUAUAGAAUGCAGUACAUUUGCGUACAGUAGCAGUAAAGGAACUGUUAGGCUUUGUGACAUGAGGCAAUCAGCUUUAUGUGACAGGCAUUCUAAAAUGUUUGAAGAACCAGAGGAUCCUGGUGCCCGAUCAUUUUUUUCAGAAAUUAUUUCAUCUAUAUCAGAUGUGCGAUUUAGCCACAAUGGCCGACACAUGUUGACACGGGACUACUUGACAGUCAAGGUGUGGGAUUUAAACAUGGAAAACAAGCCAGUGGAGGUUUACAAUGUACAUGACUAUCUUAGAAGCAAGCUAUGUUCCCUGUAUGAAAAUGACUGCAUCUUUGACAAGUUCGAAUGUGUUUGGAAUGGAAAUGAUGGGUCUAUAAUGACUGGGUCCUACAAUAAUUUCUUUCACAUAUUUGACAGAAAUGAUAAGCAAGAUAUCUGUCUUGAGGCAUCUCGAGAGUUCAGCAAGCCACGCCAGAUCCUCAAGCCUCGCCGUGUAGCAGUUACAGGAAAACGAAAGAAAGAUGAUAUUACAGUAGAAUGCUUGGACUUUAGCCAUAAGAUACUCCAUACUGCGUGGCAUCCUCAAGAGAACAUUAUAGCAGUUGCAGCUACAAAUAAUUUGUACCUGUUCCAAGAGGCCCGAACAUAACUCUUCAAACUGUUUAUAGGAUGCUUUUUUGUAAUAAUUACAGACAAUUUUGAAUUUAGGCUUAAAACUGAAUUGAGGGUAUUGCAUUGUAUGCGAUGCCUUACGCAGCAACUCUUAGGUAAUUGUCAAUCAUUAACAUUUUGAGACUACCAUUUUUUUUGUGGAAUUUUUGAAAAAAAUAUUUAUAACAUCAAAUUAACUUCCUCAACCUUUCAUUUAAAGAGUCCUGUAGAUUUGAGUUAUCAGAACUGAUUGGCAGUGCCAUGUUAUCUCUUUUAAUUGCUACAGUACCAGUAUUUUCCUAUCCCUGUAAGAAUCUGCUUUGACUAACAUAACCCUUUCCUGAUAUUGAGCAAUCACAUAUUGCUUUCUUUUGCAUGGAGGUUGAGUGUAUGCUUAAGCUUCACUUUCAGUGGUUCAGUUGCAACAGUUGAUUGAUACUCUGUAAAUAUAAGUAAUGAACCUUAAGAUGAAGAUGCAAAUUUUUGUAAAAUUAGGGUAUAAGGUACUUCUGUUGCAGCUAGCAAGACUGUUGCUUAUUUUCAGCAAAAAUCUUCUGAGAUUUUGUUAAAUUUAGGUAGUUUCAAAUGCUAAAGUUUUUAAUUUCUCAAACCAAUAAGCAACCUCCUUAUUUCCACUAAUUAACAAAUAAGCCCAGAUCUUAACUGACAAGUACUCAAGUGUUGCCUUGUGUUCAAGAUGUACUUUAUUUCUUUCAAGAAAGGUACUGUGUUAAGCCAUGUAUUCCAAUUAAUUCCCCAUUUCUAGACCUGCUUCCUCUAUUUUCUGAUACAUUUGUUUAACUGUUUCUGUUGGUAACCUUGAACCAUAACAAACAUCUGCUCAGUAGCUGAGGUUGUGUAAAGAACAGAAAAAUCACUUCAUUUGAGGGUUUCUUUGAUGUUGAUGUUGAUGUUUUCUACCAGCUUUUUCAAACUAACAAGUUUUAGUGUAUCUAUUAAAUAGUUGUUUCUUAUUUUCUUGACAAAAGAAAAGAAACUGUUCACCCUGUCUUCUUGAAAGUAAACUACUGUUUGUUUUUUUUUUUAGAGUUGGCGAGUGAGCUAUUUAAAUGGGAAAAGAAAGGAAUAUAUUGAUUUGUAACUGCUCACAAUAAAAAAAACACUCUUGUUUGUAAA